AUUUAACCACCGGGUUGUGCUAAAUUACAGCUAAUGUAUGGGUCACGUAAGACGACAGUUAAUGUAGCCAGUGGUUUGUUAUUGUGUGUCAUCUUUUUAGUUACGAAACUAUUUUGUGUUAUAAAUGUGUAAGAAUAUUUCCCAUACCGAGGGGAGCAUUAGUCUGCCGAUAGGACUGGAAUAGAGGAAGCCAUUGACGGUUAGUGCAGUGAACACGGAGUGACUUUGAAGCUGCCACUAUUUCUUACUACUGUAGUCGCUGCAAUAUAACAGUUUUACAAGAAUGUCAAAAUCUUUAUAUUUCCAUGAUAUGUCAUAAGAAACAAUCAACAUUUUGACUAUUUUGUUGAAAUCAUGUGGAUUCCUAAUGAUCUCUUAAAGAAAAUAUUUGUCUCCUUGUUUUUUAGCAUUAAUAGUAAGUACCUAUAAUCAACAACCAUCUUAAUAUAUAGGCUAGUAGACAUACUGAUCGAAUUCUCAUAAUUUGUAGGUACCGUAACUAUCAACAUAAAAGAAAAGUGGAAGCUGUCAGUCUAGUUUUUUACUUAUUUACUUUUCUAUUAGGUAUUUUGAUAAAAUCUUGGAACGCGUUUGUGAAUCAAUGUUCUUGCCUUUAGGAGGCUAAAUUGUAGUCAGUGUCCUGAUUUAAAUCACCUAACUCAUAUGACUGUUUUGUUGUGUUAUCCACUUAAGUCGCUCCUGCCCCUGAAGUACCGUUGCAAUUCCGUGAAGCUCAUUUCUAUUUGGACAUCUCAACUCUAGUUAAUCCCACUGGUUUCCAUCUGUGGAACCUGCCAGCAGGCACGCAGGGAAUGGCAGUUAUUGCGGUAUAAGGUGACGACUUGCUGAGUUGCAGCAAGUGCUGGACAGAGUCAGACCCUGAGAUACAUUGCAUAUAGCAGUGCAACACACCAAUGACAAACCACACCCCACCACCAGGUUUACUGUGAAGUUGGAAGUAGGAAGUAGAAGAGAGUUGGAGAAAGGGGCUUAGUUGAUUACUGAAAGCCAUGAUGGAGGACGACCAGCCAAAAUCGAAACCACCUACCCCUUUGGACCUAGAACACAGUCCCGGAGGUUCGCCAGUAACAAAUCAUUCAGAGCUCUUGGGCGUAAACAAGAUUCAGGUAGUGGUCCGCCGGAGCUCCACACCACAGGUCAUGGAGGAGACAACCUACUUCAUCCCCCGUAACCCGGGGGUGGACGCAGGCACCAACACUGACCCCCCAGUCAUCUGCUGUGGCAGGCUCCGACGAGCAUGUCCUUGUCCCCCCCGGGGCCUCCUGGCCUCACUCAUCACCAAAGUCUUCAUUGCAUUAGUGCUGUUUGGUGUGGUGUGGUCCGUUACACAGAAAGAAUGUCUACCGGGGGGGAACCUGUUCGGCAUCAUCGUGCUUUUCAUCUGCUCCUUCACGGGGGGCAAGGUGGUAGGCCUCAUGCGGCUGCCCAAACUGCCCCCUUUCCCCCCUCUCUUGGGUAUGCUACUCACAGGUUUCCUGCUGCGUAACAUCCCGGUGGUAACGGACGCCGUGUACAUAGACUUCCGAUGGUCCGCCUCCCUGAGAAACAUUGCCCUUGCUAUCAUUUUGGCCAGAGCAGGCCUGGGAUUGGACGGCUCGGCUCUGAAGAAGCUGAGCAUGGUGUGUAUGCGUGUGGCAAUUGGACCCUGCAUGAUGGAGGCCUGCACCGUAUCCAUCCUCGCCCACUUCCUACUGGGCCUGCCCUGGAUUUGGGGAUUCAUCCUAGGGUUUGUGUUGGGAGCCGUGUCUCCGGCUGUGGUGGUCCCCUCCAUGCUGUUGCUUCAGAGGGAAGGCUAUGGGCUUGAGCAAGGCAUCCCCACCCUACUUAUGGCUGCAGGCAGCUUUGAUGACAUCCUGGCCAUCACCGGCUUCACCACCUGCAUUGGCAUAGCCUUCGCCACCGGCUCGAUGUGGUACAACCUUUUGAGAGGGAUACUGGAGGUGGGAGGUGGAAUUGUAGCUGGGGUGCUGCUGGGGUUCCUGCUGCGCUACUUCCCCAGUAAAGACCAGGACAAAAUAGUUAUGAAGCGCUCGUUCCUGCUGUUAGGUCUGUCUGUGUUCGCUGUGUUUGGCAGCAACGUGGCCGGCUUUCCCGGAUCAGGGGGCCUCUGUACCCUGGUCCUUUCCUUCCUGGCCGGCCUGAGCUGGAGGAGGUCAAAGGUCCCUGUGGAGGACAUAGUGGGGAUUGCCUGGGAAGUGUUCCAGCCACUGCUCUUUGGCCUUAUUGGGGCUGAGAUCAGAAUAACAGAGCUGGACACGAACAGCGUUGGCCUGGGUGCAGCCACUCUGGCCAUAGGGCUGCUGGUUCGUGUUCUCUUCACCUUCAUCUGUGUGCUGUUUGCGGGUUUCAACUUCAAGGAAAAGCUUUUCAUGGCCCUUGCCUGGCUACCCAAAGCCACAGUGCAGGCGGCCAUUGGCUCCACAGCGCUGGACAUGGCCCGCAUCAAGGAGGAUAAGGUGCUGGAGAAGUACGCCAUGGAUGUGCUGACAGUGGCCGUGUUAGCCAUCAUGAUCACCGCCCCCAUAGGGGCCCUGGUCAUCGGCCUCACGGGUCCAAUGCUGCUGCAGAAACCCAAGAACCCAGCCUGGGAGCGGGAGCAGAGCUCAACUAUAACUGACACCCCGGUCACCUAUGAAAGUACCCUGUAAGAACAAACCAACCUGGGUGCCGAGAACUAACACACUUCACAAAGGAGGAAGUGACACGUGAGGACGGAUCGCAGGAAAACACUUCGGCGUCACCAAAACUCAGAGGGAGAAUUAAAAAAACGACACACUGUUUCCCUUCUUGUACUUUACUGCACAGGGAAUGGUGUGGUGACACACUGAUGCUAUUGCCUUUCGUUAAGGGGCUUUUUCCAUUGUUGUCUCUUUUUCAUCGUACUUCUCUCAUCUGUCUGUCUACCAUGUGUGUAUAUGGAAACCUUCAGGAAGAGGUGACUCGGCAUUUAUUCAUACCUCCCCGAAGGGUCAUUUUCAGCCCUCGAGCUACACCCGCCACUCAACCCAACAACACCAGUAUAUCCAACAAGUGUGCACUGUGAUGUUACAUUACGUAACGUUACUGGCAAAACACUCCCAUUUUUGAAGUCGCUCUGUUUACCGAGCCAAUCAUUUGAAUGUGUUGUCGUUAACCUUCCAGGCAAACAAAGUGUUCAUUUUCAUAGUCAUAAAGUAUAUGCGCAUCCUCAGAACAGCAUUUUCUGUCUUUAGGCCUUACGCAUCAAAUAUUUACCAGCUGCAGAUGGUGUGUUCUGUUUGAAUUUCAUGUUUGCAUUUAUAUACGGAAACUGUGUUGUAGAUUGCUUGUGAGAUUUGAUAUAAAGAAAAUAUAUUUUUAGCAAUGGAAGGUUAGCUAGAAUCUGGAUGAAUGAAUAUUUAUUGUGCAUUUUCAUUUAGGCUGUAGUCAAAUAAUGAUGUGUUGUGUGUACCAAAUGUCACUAAAUUAUGUUUUGGAAAAUAUUUAUUGGGGGCAUUAAAGAUUUGAUCUGUGCUUUUUAACAACGUGGUGUUGUUGCAAAAUGGCACAGUGUAGCUCAGAUAAUUUAAUCUCGGAGUCUGUGUAAUCUCGUCAGCCAGUCCUCUGAAAUCCAAACCUGGGGACUAGUUUACAUUUCAAGCAUUAUAUUGUAAAUCCAACAUUUUGAGCAAAACUUUCUAAACAAAAAUAAAACAAAAACAUUGUUUUUGUUUUAUUUAUUUUAUAUGUUUUUAUUCUCAAUAUUAAAUAUUUAUGAUUUCAUGAAGAGUUAAUUGUACAGUGGAUAUAGAAUAAUAAAAUCGGUUAUGUUUUCAUAGAA